AUGGCUACAGCAGCACUGACCGGCUGGCAUCCUGGCGAGCUAUCAAUCCAGCACAGGCUCGGAUUCGCUAGUGCCGUUUCUGAUCACUGGUCGCUUAUUACGAGCUUCUUGCCUGACCAGCAUCGUCUCUUCCACACAUCUCAUCUGCCCUUCAUCCCGAUCGCCACUCUGGAUGAAGAUGGCCGUCCCUGGGCAUCUAUUGUUGCCGGACGAACUGGUGAUAUUGGCUUUGUGGAUAGCCCAAACCCACGUACUCUUCGCAUGAACGCCCGAAUAUGGGAGGGUGAUCCGCUUUUACAGACAGUCAAGACAUGGCUCGAGAAGAAAGGAACGACUGCCCCCGAGAGAUUUUUGACUGCCGGGUUGGGAAUCGAGUUCUCAACGCGAAGGCGUAAUAAGUUUGCCGGGGCGAUACGAGAGGUGAGACGCCGGACCAACUUGGAAUAUCAGAUUGACUUUCAAAUCAUCGAGGCUAUAGGAAACUGUCCUAAGUACAUCAACAUACGGAAGCUGAUUCCAUAUCCUCAAACGCGACCAGACGUUGUCCACCGACGUCAACAUCUUGAGCCACAGGAACGCCUACCAGAAGAAGUAAUUCAAUUCAUCCUUGAAACAGACACGGUCUUCAUGGGAACCAUGUUCGCCUCAACAAAGUCGACAUACGAGAUUUACCCUCCUCAUGCUGGCAUGAAUGCUCGGAGUGGCUUGCCGGGGUUCAUCCGGGUCAGCCCGUCUGAUGGCCGCACAGUGAUCAUCCCAGACUACUCAGGAAAUCGAUUUGUCUCCAGCCUGGGAAAUAUUGAAGCCAGUGGAGUUGCUGGUUUGACUAUCGUGUCCUUCACAACAGGCGAUAUUCUUUAUCUGACGGGCUUGGCUGAGAACAUUGUCGGACCACCUGCUCUCAAAAUUAUGGCCCGACACGCCAGUCUCACAUCAGUGAAGAUUACGGGGUUCACUUUUGUCAGGAAUGCUCUCCCUGUUCGUCAACAGAGUGGUACCCCCGUGGAGCGCAGUCCUUACAGCCCCAAGAUCAAAUACCUUGUUGAAGAAGCGGGAUCAAAUAUGGGUAGUGCUCAUCAACAAAAAGCGGUGCUUCAAGAGGCAACGCAUAUUUCCCACGAUCUUGCUGUGUUCAAGUUCAAGGUUGUCUCGGAGGUCGGCGCCAGUGAUUUGAAAAUUCGGCCCGGACAAGCGAUAGUGCUUGACUUUAUGGAUUGGAUAGGGCCACCUCAGUAUCAGCACAUGGCCAAUUCAGCCCCUGGGUCGAUAAAUGACGAUCGCGUUCGCACUUGGACGGUUUCGAGUGCUCAUGAACAGAAGAAGGUUACUUUCUUUGAAUUAACCAUGCGCAGAGUUGAAGGAGGCGCUGUGACAGGCGCCUUAAAUCCAAAGAGCCAAGGCCAGCAUGUUGUGUUCGAUCAGCCUAUUUCUGCGGACAUUGUUGGUGUCACUGGAGACUUUUUCAUGGGCCACGGCAAAGUGAAUAUGCUACUCAUCGCUGGCGGAAUUGGCAUAACACCAUUCCUUGCUAUGCUCAGCGCACUGGCUGAGCGCGGGCCAAAUAUAAAUGGUGAAGUUUCACUUGUGUUAUCAACGAGAGAGCCUGAACUUAUGUUCAACUUGAUGAAAUCAGCCCUUGAGAGGAUAUCGGCGACAGUCAAGGUCAAAAUUGAUCUUUUUUCCCAUGCCUCCAAGCUUAAUCUUUCAAAUUCGAACCUGUCGUCUAGGGUAAUUACCACGCACCCAGGCCGUGUCAGUCCGGAUAUAUGGAAACAAUUCUCUCGGGAUAAAGAGGCUUUCAUUUGCGGACCGAAUAGCUUCGGGGACUCAGUAACUGAUGGCCUGCAGGCUGCUGGGUUCUCAUUGACCCAGAUCCAUAGGGAAGGAUUUUAUUGA